CAGUAAGCACACCGUACCGGUACCCUGUGCAAUGUAAUACUUCAUCAAUAAAAAUAAUAAUUGGAGGCAUUACCCCCUGGGAGCUGAGUGGACGCCCAACGUAUUCUCGGCAAUCUGGUCUGGGCCUAUGAUCGCGGUGGAUGGGAAGAGAAAAGAGCUUUUGGGUCUGUUACUCACAGUUGGUGUGUAGCUGAUAACAGUCAGGCUAGGUUGUCAGCCUCGUCAGCUGAGUGCAAUCAGCAUCCCUGUAGCGUGACUGGGCAGUAGAGACUCGGUGAUAGUGCGGUGCAAGCCAUGGCUGCCGCUAAUCCUGAGACAGCCGACCCAUGGCGCAACCUCCAGCAACAGCAGCUGCAACACGUACGCACCGGCGCUGAGCCAGCAGCCGGCUCUGUUGAUGCUGCGUACUCGUCUGUUCUUGAAUCUCACCAGCUAGCACGGAAAGAUCGCAUGAAAAAGGAACUUGAAUCCGCGAGAAACCAACUCAUGCGCCUUCACCAGGAAAUUCAAGCCAAGAAGCAGUCUCACUCGGUGUUUGUUGAGGAGAACACUAGCUACCCUUCGGAAGAGCAUGUCUUACAACUCGAGGCUGAGACGUCUGCAUUGCGGUCGGACAUAGCGGAAGCAAAAACCCGACUGGCGUCGUAUCAAUCCUCGGCGCUGAAAGGCGAGCAGGAUGAGCAGGGUUGGGUGUGCAAGUACUGCACCGUCUCCAAUCACAAUGCUAUGGCAACUUGCGAACUAUGUGACAUGCCUCGGCCACUGGAUUGAUGGUGAUCGUGAUUUUCACUGGCCACUCGAUUGAUAAUAACUGGUACUAUCACAGGUGUGUCAUAGUCUAACAGUCGUGCUGGUCGCAUACACUCAUUAUGCUGUGCCCGUGCUCCGGCAAUUCAAACAGCGUACUACAGACAAACAGGUAUAUGACAGUCAUAAGAGUAUGUACUCUUGGAACUACUGGUGCACUGCGUCAAGUUAUCAACACUAAUGGACAAUGUACUACCAUAGUCAUGCUCAGCUCUUGAGUUUCCUUGCCAUGACCCAUGAUACAUCAGGUAAACUCCGUUCCACAGCCGGUGUACAUAGUAUGUUGCACCGUUGGCUCCCCUCUCAUAUUUCUUGCAUGCCUCUCGUAUAAUUAUUAUAGCACGAAACGCGUAUCUCCAUGCUCUUCACACAAUAUGAAUAGGUAGCGUAGUGGUAGCCUGGCUCUGUUCAUACUCUGUGUGCACCUUUGCAAAUGAGCGCCUUUUAUCUGGUGCCUUUAUUUGAAAGUUUUAUUUGGCGAGGUUUUUAUUCCGUUAGCCAUGGAAAACAGUGGGGCUUCGUGAGGCACAAGUUUUUAUUCACUCAUAUGUUUUAGAUUAGAACAACAUAUUCGUCUACUUCGAAGUAUUAUUUUGUUUUUAUUCAACCCAAAGGUAGUUCGAUACACUCUGGUCUCAUAGAGAUACCGGUACGUACUAGAGGUCUUCCACAACUCACAGAGUGCUCGAUACCCGGCGAGCAGAGUUUUGUCACACAAGCGAAGGCGGAACCGAGUUCUGGGUUUCAACUCUGGAAUUUCACGGAAAGCGAUCCUCAGUCACCAUCUUCUCUUGUGUGACAUGCCAGUACAUGCAGUUGACUGUUCAGCCUAUAUUUUACACUUUACUCCCCAACUAAAUUAAGCCGUCAAUGUCUUAUGCCCAAUAAACUGUCAACUCAGACACAUUGCAUUUCGUUCUGCUGCUCAUUCUGACCGCUGUUCGGCGUAAUACUGGCUUUGUUACUGUUGAACUUGAUCACUGAGUUAUCGUGUCGUAGAGGCGUGUUCGUCUUGACCCUCUAGCUUGUCCACUGA